UGUGUGUGUGUGUGUGUGUGUGUGUGUGUGUGUGUGUGUGUGUGUGUGUGUGUGUGACACCUCACAGGACGGCGCAAUCUGCUUCUGACACUUUUCUCAGUUAUUAUUACGCCCAACCAGACUUUGAUUUGUAAGACCUAGACAGAAGAGAAAGUGCUCCAGAUGGAUCCUCCAGUCAGUCCUGGAUGCAGCCUGGAGGUAACGGUGCAGAAUGUGGAGUCUGCUCUCUACCAGCUGUACUUUGACCCGGACAUGGAUCAUAAAAAUAUGGCCCAGAAGUGGCUUACCCAGGCUCAGGCAUCUUCACAGGGAUGGCAGUUCUGCUGGGCUCUUCUCAGCCCUGACAAGCUCCCAGAGAUUCAGUUUUUUGGUGCUAGUACCCUCCACACCAAGAUCUCCCAUCACUGGAAUGAGCUCCCAACAGAGCAGCAACAGAGCCUGAGGACACAGCUCCUCUCCCACAUCUUACACUUCUCCACCGGUCCCAAAAUCGUACUGACGAGGCUGUGUGUGGCCAUGGCAUCCUUAGCUCUUAGGUUGAUUCCGCAAGCAUGGACCCAACCAGUGGCAGACAUGGUGAUGGCAUUCCAACCACAAAAGGUUGAAUCUGAACGUGAAAUGGCUGUCCCUGAGCUCACACCGGACCCCCAUGCACAUUGUCUUGCACUGCUGGAGCUCCUCACUGUACUUCCAGAGGAGUUCCAGAACAUCAGACUUGUUCAAAACCGCCGUGCUCAGUUGAAGGAAGCCUUGGCUGGGGAAUGGGCGGUGGUGUGUCAAAUGUUGCGUCAGCUACUCCAAAGCCAGGACUCCUCAAACCAAGUAAAGCAGAAGGUACUACGCUGCCUGUCCAGCUGGCUGGUUCUAGAUGUGCCAUUGAGGGAGAGCCAGGAACUGGCCCAGGACUGUUUCAUGGCGUUGUCCAAUCCUGAACUUUUUGACACUGCGGUGGAGACAAUAGUUAACACCAUCUCACAGCCUGACUGUCAGAGGUACACGGAUGCUUUGGUGAAUUUGCUGCCUCUGGUACUUGGUCUUCAUGAUCAGCUGAAGGCUGCAGUUCAGGAUGGUGAUAUGGAGACAUCACAUGGUAUUUGUCGAAUUGCUGUGGCCUUGGCAGAAACACACUCAAGAGUUUUGCUGGAACAGGUAGACCACUGGCGAGAAUACCUGGCAUUAGUCAAUAUGAUUCUGUUCUGUACUGGCAUUCCUGGACAAUACCCAGUCAGUGAGACCAUCAGCUCCCUCACACUUACCUUCUGGUACACUCUGCAGGAUGACAUCUUGUCAUUUGAAGAGGAGAAGCAGAUAGUUUACCUGCAGCUCUACAGACCAGUGUACUUUCAACUAGUGGAUGUGCUGCUCCAUAAAUCCCAAUAUCCCUCUCAGGAAGAAUAUGCCACCUGGUCUUCUGAUGACAAGGAACAGUUCAGAAUUUACAGAGUGGACAUCUCGGACACACUGAUGUAUGUGUACGAAAUGUUGGGAGCAGAACUGCUCAGUAACCUGUACGAUCGACUGGGCAGGCAGCUGAUGGACCCACAUCAGUCAACGCUGUGGCAGGACACAGAGACGUUGUUGUUUGGCUUCCAGUCCAUUGCUGAGACCAUCGAUGUGAACUACUCUGAUGUCAUCCCGGGACUCAUCGGCCUAAUCCCCAGAAUCAACAUCAGUAACAUAAUGCUGGCAGAGACUGUCAUGUACACCAUAGGGUCGCUGGCUGAAUGGCUUGCUGACCACCCGGUGAUGCUGGGUGGUAUAUUACCCAUGGUGCUCCAGGGCCUUAUGAAGACAGAGCUGUCGCUGUCUAGUGUGUCAACUCUAAAGAGAAUUUGUCGCGAGUGCAGAUAUGCUCUCGGCCCCUAUGCUCACGACAUCUUGACAGUAUCACAGGAUGCAAUGGUUAAAGAAAUCCAUAAGAGCAGCCAGUGCAUGUGGCUGAUGCAGGCUCUGGGUUUCCUUCUAUCCGCUCAGCCAGGAGACCAGAUUCUGACUCGAGUCCUCGAUCUCAUCAGUCCUCACAUCCAGCAUCUGGAUGCUUUGGCCAAACAAGAGCGUAACCCCACUAAUAAGGCACGCAUUAUCCAAAUCCUGGGGAUGCUGUCCAGUCUUUUUACCACUCUGAACAUCACCAGACAGCCAGACAGCUUCGAGGGAGCAGUCGAACCAUCCCAGACCACACAGCACCCAGUUGUGGUUGUGCUACGGCAAGUGUUCCCGUUAAUCCAGAGCAUCCUGCACCAGUGGCUUGACAACUCAGAAGUCGUAGAGGCAGCGUGUGGGCUAUUUAAUAAAUCUGUUCGAACCCUCCUUCAUGAAUUUGGGCCUAUGGUGGAGCAGGUGAGCGAGACGCUGGGGAAGAUCUAUAGUGCCUUCCCACAAGCCUCAGCUCUGGAUCUCACACGUCAGAUUGUUCACAUUUUUGCAGGAGAUGAAUCCCAUUUCCCUGUCAUUAAACGCCUCAUUGAAGUAUUGACUGAUGCCACACUCGCCAUUUUUCAGCAAGGUCCAAGAGAUCAUCCUGAUAUUGCAGAAUCCUUUAUGCAGCUCCAUGCACAGAUUCUCAAGAGGAAGCCCGAUUUUUACCUGUCUGAGCAGCUGAAUGUUAACGCGCUCUUUUACUGUGGGGUUCUAUCACUCAAAUUCCCAGAGACACAAGCAGUAAAAUCUGCCAGUUUCUUCUUUACAGAGAUGUUGCCUCGUUGUAAAGAUGUACCACCUCUGAGUGAAGCGUUGCAGAAGGAUGGAAAGCUGCUGACAGAGGCCAUACUCCAGGCAGUUGGAGGUGGAUCCCCCCGCUGCCUGGAGCAUUUCUCUGAGGUGCUGUUGAGCUUAAACAGACAUUGUCCAGCUCUGUUGUCCCAGUGGCUGUCAGAAACAUUACAGACUCCAGGAUUCCCCUCGGCUCACGUGUCUACAGAGCAGAAGCACACCUUCAGUCAGCAGCUUCUAAGGGAGCAAACCAACAAGCGACAUGUUAAGGAGAUCGUGAAGGAGUUCUCUCUGCUCUGCCGAGGACUCCAGGAAUCUGGAUACUCCGACUACUAACCUCCUGUACAAAACCUUCAGUAAAGGAUCAGGAUGAAUAUGUGUGUAA